GAGAGCGUGUGAUUUCGAAGAGAUGGGAAUUAUAGCCGACGGAAAGACGAGAGAUUUUUAUGUUUUUUUUUUUUUCGCCGUUGGGAUUUAGAAUAAAAAAUUAAAAAGAAGGGGAGAAAAUAACACCUACGGCUCUCGAAGAGGAGGAUUCGAAUUCGACGGCCUUCUCGUCUAGGGAUUCUUUUCUUGGGGUUGUUUAGGUUCCAGUCUCGUCCGAUCGCGUGGGGUUCAACUUCGUUGGGAUCUCGUCGGCAGGCGCCGGAUUUCAUCGUGUUCUAGGGCUUUGGUUUUUCCUUCCAUUUCGGAUCGUUUCGUGUGGUUGGAGAGAUGGCGGCUUCUCUGGUGGAGCGUGCCACGAGCGACGUGCUGAUCGGUCCGGAUUGGGCGAUGAACCUUGAGAUCUGCGAUAUCCUCAAUCACGACCCUGGACAAGCAAAAGAUGCCGUAAAAACUAUCAAAAAACGUAUUGGGCAUAAGAAUCCAAAGAUUCAGCUUCUCGCACUGACACUGUUGGAAACAGUGAUAAAAAACUGUGGAGACAUAGUCCAUAUGCAUGUGGCUGAGAAAGAUAUACUGCAUGAGAUGGUGAAGAUAGUGAAAAGAAAGCCUGAUUUUCAUGUCAAGGAGAGGAUUUUAAUAUUAAUAGAUACCUGGCAAGAAGCUUUUGGUGGUCCACGAGCAAGAUAUCCACAAUAUUAUGCAGCUUACCAGGAGCUGUUGCGUGCUGGAGCUGUAUUUCCUCGGAGACCUGAGAGAUCUGCACCUAUAUUUACUCCUCCACAGAAACAACCUCUAAGAUCCUAUCCACCAUCUUUGCAAAAUCCUGAUUAUCAACAAGAAGCACCUGAGUCAUCAGUGGGAUCUGAGUUUCCUGUUUUGAGUGUGACAGAAAUUCAGAAUGCUCGUGGAAUCAUGGAUGUUCUUGCAGAAAUGCUGAAUGCUUUAGAUCCUGGAAACAGAGAGGGACUGAGACAGGAAGUAAUCGUUGACCUCGUCGAACAGUGCCGUACUUACAAACAGAGAGUGGUACAGCUUGUGAACACAACCUCGGAUGAGGAACUACUUGCCCAAGGACUUGCUCUAAAUGAUGACUUGCAGCGUGUGCUAGCAAAACAUGAUGCCAUUGCUGCAGGAAUUGCUGUUCGUGUGGAAAAACCCAAAUCACUUCGGGCAUUAGUAGAUCUUGAUAAUUCUGCAGUACAGCCAGAUCAAAGGUCCAGUACAGGUGCAAGCACAAGUAGCCAGCCUCCUCUUCAGCAAUUAUCAUUGCCUGCACCUCUAGCAUCUAAUGGUUCAACAACUCCAGCAGCAAAAAUUGAUCCUCAUAUUGAUCUUCUUAGUGGGGAAGACUACAGUACACCUAAAAAUGAGAAUCCACUGGCCCUUGUUUCUGUCAGUGAACCGCUUGCCAGUUCUGCUUCUGAUCAGAACCUUUUAGCUCUCGUGGACAUUUUUCCCCAGAAUAACGCUAACAGUAGCAAUGCCAAUACUUCCAACUCUUUUGAUUCACAUUCCACACUUCCAGCAUCACAGGCAUAUCUUGCUGCACCCCAGCUUCAGACACAGCCCCAACAGCCACAACUGCCUGCCCUUUAUCCUAAUGGAGGUGUCCCAAACUUAGGUGCUCCUCAAUAUGAGCAGGCAGCUUAUGAUCAAGGAGCUCAAUUGAACCAUGCGAGUCCUACAUGGAAUGGUCAGGUUGCUUUGGGCUUAAAUCCACAGCAGCAGGCACUAGGUUAUGGGGCAAAUGAUCAAGCUGGAGCUCUCCCCCCACCACCCUGGGAAACUGAAACAGUGCAGAGUAACCGAUUGCCUACCUUGCAGUCUCAGCCAGUGCAAAGUGGUCAGCUGGAAGGAAUGUUUCCCCAACCAAUGCCGGGCAACAGUCUGGAAGGCAUGCAUCCCCAAUCAUUGCAAGGCAACCAGCUGGGAGGUCCGCAACCUCAGCCAAUGCAGACUACGGAGAGCAGUCAGUUUGCAGGCAUGUAUCCUCCACCGAUGCAGAACAGCCAGCUUGGGGGUAUAUAUUCUCAAAUGAUGAUGGGAGGACAGAUGGCAGGAAUGCACCAACAACCCAUGCAAGGUAGUCAGCUGACAGUAUAUGGAUAUGGACAGCAGCCAGAGGCUCAGUUUUAUGAUCAGAGGAGACCCAUGUACCCUUAUGCUGGUGUAAAUGAGCUCUCUCAGAGAAUGUAUGGGCUUUCCAUGCAAGAUAAUAGCCCAUAUGUGAACAUGACUCCCUCUUACCAGACACCUAUGACCUCUUCUUACCUGCAGCAGUCCAACAAACCACCCAAGCCUGAGGAUAAGCUGUUUGGUGAUCUUGUCAAUAUGGCCAAAGCAAAGCCAAAUAAACCUUCUGGUAAUAAUGUUGGGAGCUUGUAAAAUCAGUGAGUGGGCCCUUUUCUAUUUUGUUUCUCGAUUUUUUUUUUCCUAAAUGAUUUGCUGUUCUCACUUUGACUCUUUCUUUUAUAUAUAUUCUUCUUUUCUGCCUCCCCA